UCAUUUCAUCCUUUGUUUUAUCAUUUCUCUCUUUCAAUUUCUCUCCAAGCUUAAAUCCCGCCUAUCAAUCUGCUGGUGGAAGCCAGGAUUUGAUCAUCUCAUGUAAGCCUCAGAAACUGCAAAUUGCCGAUUGAUUUUGUUCCAUGAGAACACCUCUAAGCAGAAUUGACAUUCAGCUGUUCACGGUUUUGUAUAAUCCAUGGCGAUUCUCUUCCAUUCAUCUUCUCCAAUCACAAAUCCAUCGCUAGAGCGUACUGGAAAUUCCUCAAGCUUCCGCGCGCAGGUACCGAAAUUUCACUCUCUCUCGUUUAACAAAGCCUUAUCUUCAUCUCAGACCGCCAUACCUCCGAUCGCCAGCGUCUUCACGCUGCCGAAUUGGAGAUCUGGCCGAGCCGACGCGAGGACUAGAGAACUUAGGGUAAACGAUGCGUUUCUAUAUUUGGAAUACAUGGUGGAGAAGGGGCACAGGCCUGAUGUUUCUAGCGCCACUCAGCUCUUGUAUGAUUUGUGCAAAACGAAUAAAGUGAGGAAAGCGACCAAGGUUAUGGAGAUGAUGGUGAGAUCUGGCAGCAUUCCCGAUGCCUCCGCGUAUACUUUUCUGGUGAAUCAUUUGUGCAGGAGGGGGAAUGUAGGGCACGCGAUGCAGCUAGUCGAAACAAUGGAGGAGUACGGAUAUCCUACCAAUACGGUGACGUAUAAUUCGUUGGUGAGAGGGCUUUGUAUGUGUGGGAAUUUGAAUAAGAGUUUGCAAUUUGUGGAGAGGUUGAUGCAGAAGGGGCUGGUGCCGAAUGCGUUCACGUAUUCGAUUUUGCUUGAGGCGGCGUAUAAGGAGAGAGGCGUGGACGAGGCGAUGGAGCUGUUGAAUGACAUAAUUUCCAAGGGUGGGAACCCUAAUUUGGUGAGCUACAAUGUGUUGUUGACUGGUUUCUGCAAGGAAGAUAGAGUUGAGGAGGCAAUGCAGCUGUUUAGGGAUUUGCCUUCUAUGGGGUUUAACCCUAAUGUUGUGAGCUACAACAUUCUGUUGAGGAGCUUGUGCAACGAGGGGCGGUGGGAGGAUGCGAACGAGCUUCUUGCGGAGAUGGUUGGUGAUGACCGCGCCCCAUCCAUUGUCACGUACAACAUUCUGAUUGGAUCGCUCGCCCUCCAUGGCCGGACUGAUCAGGCGCUUGAGGUCUUGGAUGAUCUGUUCCGGGAUGGCAGCUUCAGGCCUAACGCUGCGAGCUACAAUCCCAUCCUCGAACGCCUCUGUAAGGAGAGGAAUGUGGAUGCUGUGGUGAAGUGUCUUGAUCAGAUGGUUUUCAGGAACUGCAGCGCUAACGAGGGAACGUACAACGCUGUUGCUGUGCUCUGCUACGAGGGGAUGGUGAAAGAGGCGUUUUCGAUCCUCCAGAGCCUGAGGAAUAAGCAGGACUUGUCGAUCCAUGACUUUUACAGGAAUGUGGUCUCGGGCCUGUGCAGGAAGGGCAACACGUAUCCAGCGUUUCAGCUGCUGUACGAGAUGACCUCAUGUGGAUUUACUCCCGACUCCUACACGUACUCGUCGCUGAUCAGGGGGCUGUGUUUGGAGAGGAUGUUGGGUGCUGCCAUUGCUGUUUUGAGGGUGAUGGAAGAGAACGGCUAUCAGCCUAGUGUGGACAAUUACAAUGCACUGGUGCUCGGACUGUGCAAAUGCCAGAGAACGGACUUGUCUCUGGAGGUGUUCGAGAUGAUGAUUGAGAAGGGGCAGAUGCCUAAUGAGACGACAUAUACCAUCAUAGUUGAAGGGAUUAUAUACGAACAAGAAAGGGAUCUGGCAGCUGCGCUCUUGAAGGAGCUGCAUUCGAGGCAAGUCAUGAGCCGUAAUACUGUGAAAAGACUUGCUAUGCAAUACGAUCUCGAUGGCGUUUCCGUGCAACUUGAUUGAAAAAUUUGGUGAUUCUUUUUGUGUAUUUCGUCGUGUACAUUACUCGUUGUGGUGGUGGAUAGAGGAGGAGGAGGAGGAGAAGGUUUAGUUUCUGAUUUACUACAACCUUAGGCCUACAUUGUUGUGGCAUGGAUCAGAUGUUUAGAUUCCACUCAGUUUGAAUAGGAAUACAAGUUUUAGAUUCCAUUGGGGAUUUGAUUUAGUAUCUUGAAGAUUAUAUUCGUUCUACAAAAUGGAAAAUUUUGGUCAAAUCAUACUAUGGACUCUCUUUGUAAAGAGUCUGGAUUUCUGCCA